CUCGUGUCUGUUGGGAUGUGCUACGCAUGCGCAGAUCCGAGUGACUGCCGAUGUGGCUGCUUGAACUUUUUAUUGAAUCCUUAAAAACAAAAACUUUUGACAUGAACAGUUUUAUACUGACUUUCCUUUUCAUCUGCUGCUCCGUUACAGCAGAACAGGAUGAAAGACUGCCCAACAAAUGCGAAGUGUGUAAGUUUCUAACAGUAGAGCUGCAGGAUGCUCUGGAGAAAAGCAGUCGCUCCAAAGAAGUCCUGGAGUUGGGAGAGGUGCUGGACACAGGCAAGAGGAGAAGGAAGAUCAAAUACAACACCUCGGAAACCCGUCUGACUGAAGCGCUGGACAACAUAUGUGAGCGCAUCCUGCAGUAUAAUGUUCAUGCAGAGAGGCCAGGCAGCCUCCGAUACGCCAAGGGGGCCAGUCAGACCAUGAUGACUCUGAAGAACCUGGUCCACAAAGGAGUGAAAGUGGAUUUGGGUCUGCCAUUUGAGCUGUGGGACGAACCCUCUGUAGAGGUUUCAGACAUGAAGAAACAGUGUGAGACGAUGCUGGAGCAGUAUGAGGAGGUCGUGGAGGACUGGUACUUCAAUCAUCAGGAAAAGAGGCUGGAGAAGUUCCUCUGUCAGAACCAAGUCCUGAAGACAUCAGAGCAAGAAUGUAUAAAGGAGAUGUGGAAAGGAGACACGAGUAUCAAGAGUGAGGCCAAGGAGCCAGAAAGCCACGGAUCUGGAGAAGAGCUAAAAACUCAUGAUGCUGGAGAGCUAUGAGGGGGAAAAAAUACCUAAAAGGGAAAUGCAAAAACAACAGAAUAACCUCAAAUCUCCCUGCAAAUUGCAAAACAAUCAUGUAUCUUGACACGCUGACAUUUAGUUUAUUAUAUUUCUGCUGCCAAAUCCUUGUUACAGAAUUUCUCUUGGGAGUCAUAACCAUGUGUGCUUUUUUGAACUUUAACACUACAUUUCUCCUGUUGGUUUUAUAUGAACUGUCGCACAUUUUAAACACUCUUCACACUACUUGAAAGAGGUUUCCAGCUUUUGCAAUUAAUAUUUGUACCUUUUCAGUGUUAUAUGAUGUUUACACGCUGUUACAUCUCCUAAAGCCAACACUAUAUGGUACAGAGCAGCAUGUUUACAACCAAAUCACGGCCUUAUAAUGCAAUAUGUACAGUUUUGUCAGUGUGAAUAAAAUACCUUUUAUAACA